CCUCUCCUCUCCUCUCCUCUCCUCUCCUCUCCUCUCCUCUCCUCUCCUCUCCUUCCUUCUUCCCUUCCUCCCUCCCUCCCUCGCCUGGCGCUCUUUGUUCGGUCCCCGCAGCCCCGGCGCCUGCCUGCCUGCCUGCCUCCAUCCCGCCAUCCCUCCCUCCGUCCGUCCUCUUCGAUCCCCUCUCCCGGUUCGCCAUGCCGAGCCUGGUCGUGUCGGGGAUCAUGGAACGGAACGGGGGCUUCGGGGACCUGGGCUGCUUCCCGGGGAGCAGCAGCAGCAGCGGCAGCAGCAACGGCGGCAGCGGAGGGAGCAACAACGGAGGCGGCGGCGGAGGAGGGAGCAACCAAGGCGGCGGAGGAGGAGGAGGCGGCGGCGGCGGAGGCAAGGAGCGGGCGCUGCUGGAGGACGAGCGGGCCCUGCAGAUGGCCCUCGACCAGCUCUGCCUCCUCGGCCUCGCCGAGCCCGUCCUGGGCGGAGCGGGCGACGAGGCGCCCCCGGGAAAGGGGCCCGGACCCACCCCCUCGCCCUCCUCCUCGUCGUCUUCUUCCUCCUCCUCCUCGUCCUCCUCGGUGCUCCCCGCGCCCCCGCCGCCGCCCCCGCCGCCCCCUCCGCCGCCCCCGCCGCCCCCUCCCCCGCCGCCCUCCAGCACCGCCGCCGGGACCCCCGCCUCCUCCGCCGCCGCCGCCGCCGCCGAGGCCGGGAAGCUGUGCGUGCUCUACAAGGAGGCCGAGCUGCGCCUCAAGAGCAGCUCCAACACCACCGAGUGCGUCCCGGUGCCCAGCUCCGAGCACGUGGCCGAGAUCGUCGGCAGGCAAGGCUGCAAAAUCAAGGCCUUGAGGGCCAAGACCAACACCUACAUCAAGACCCCAGUGCGAGGCGAGGAGCCUGUCUUCAUGGUGACCGGGCGGAGGGAGGACGUGGCCAUGGCCCGGAGGGAAAUCAUCUCGGCUGCCGAGCACUUCUCCAUGAUCCGGGCCUCUCGCAACAAGGCCGGCAGUACCUUUGGAAGCGCCCCCACACUGCCGGGGCAGGUCACCAUCCGGGUCCGGGUCCCGUAUCGCGUGGUGGGCCUGGUGGUGGGGCCCAAAGGUGCCACCAUCAAGCGGAUCCAGCAGCAGACCAACACCUACAUCAUCACUCCCAGCCGGGACCGGGACCCUGUCUUCGAGAUCACAGGAGCGCCGGGCAAUGUGGAGCGGGCCCGUGAGGAGAUAGAGACCCACAUCGCCGUCCGGACGGGCAAGAUCCUGGAGUACAACAAUGAGAACGACUUCCUGUCCAGCAGCCCCGACUCAGGCCUGGAGAACCGCUACUCAGAGGCCUGGCGCGUCCAUACUCCGGCUCCCGGCUGCAAGCCCCUCUCUACCUUCCGCCAGAACAGCCUGGGCUGCAUUGGGGACUGCUCUGUAGAGCCCGCCUACGAGACGCCCCGCCUCAAUGACCAAAAUGACUUCAAUUACAGUUACCUCUUCCCCAACUAUGGCGUCAACAAGCAAGACCUGUACUAUGGGGUCUCGGAGUCAGGGGCUCCGCUGUGGGCCGGGCAGGAGAACACCAACCCCGUCUCCAUCCUCUUCUCCAAGCAGCAGCAGCGGUCCGGCAGUGCAAGCACCCUCCACUCCAACUCCCAUCGCUCCCCGUCCUCCUCCUCCCUCCCCGAGCCUCCGCUCUCCGGGCUUCCCAGGCGGUCUCAAGGGGAGACCCUGCCGGGCUUCUCCAAACUGGGCGCCUCCUCCACCGGCGCCGGCCGGACGCCCCUCUCCAGCAGCCGGGAGUGCAUGGUUUGCUUCGAGAGCGAGGUGACUGCCGCCCUGGUCCCUUGUGGCCACAACCUCUUCUGCAUGGAGUGCGCCGUCCGGAUCUGUGAGCGAACCGACCCCGAGUGCCCCGUGUGCCAUGCAGCAGCCACGCAGGCCAUACGAAUAUUUUCUUAAAGACAGACACGCAAGCCCACCAAGGAAGAAAGAAACCAACCAACAAAACCACGAGAGACAGACAGACAGGCAGAUAGCAUUUGGGGAUAAAUUUGGAGUGGGUGACAGGACGGGAGGGAGGGGACCGUGGAGGAGAGAGGGAGAUCAAGACAGAAUGAGACACGUCCGAGGGACGAACAAACAAAUCAGAAAUAAGAAAAGGAAAUUAAUUUAAAGAUGAAGAAAGAAAUUAUUUUAGCAGUGUAUGUUAUUGUUAAAGAAAAUAAUGAUAAGGAUGAUGGUAGUGGUGGUGGAAAAGAAAAAGGAAGAAGGUAGAACUAUUAGAGAAGGCCAUUGCCAUACAAGAGCUUGGACACGGAGAACUCUAUCCAAUGGAAACAGUGCUUAGAGAACAGAGGAGGUUUUGGGGGCGCGACCUGGGCAGGGUCUGCAGCUCUGUCCUCAAUGGAGAGAGACGUCUGAAGGGGACGGAUUGGAAGGAGGCACCCACUUCGGGUGGGGCUGUGGUCCAAAGAUGGCCGGACGCGGCCACUGGGCCUUCAAACUGCAUUGGAAGCUAAAGAGGACGGGAUCUGAUGACAAAGGAGGAAGAGGAGGAGGGAAACCAUCAGCCUCUGGGAACCUAAUCAAACGAGGGCACAACUGUAUUACCUCAAACAUUUCAAAGAGAAAAAAAGCAGCUAAAGACCUUUAUAUUCUUUGUCCUCUAUUUUGUUCCUAAGGAAAAAAACAAAACAAGUAAAACAAAACACGUAAUAUUAAAGCCAGUGAAAUUGUGGGGCGGAAGGAAUGGGGUCGGAAGGGCCCGUUGGAAGAACCUUCUUGGCCGCCUUGAAAUUUUUCAUUUUGAGUCUUCUGAGCCACUGCUUUCGGACAUUUGUUUUUUUUCCGUUUUUCUGUUUGGGCAGGGAUUCAUCCAAUAAGGAUCAGGAGUCACUAACAGGGUAUUUCCAAGACAAAACGACCGACUUCUCCCCAUGGAAACGAACCUUUCAAAUUCCCGAGUCAAGGGGGAAUUGCGAGGGCCGCGCUCCACGUUUCUAUAUAUUUUUUUUGCUUCUUAUCCUUGCCAGAUGAUACAAAUUCAAAAUAAAAACAGUCACACAUGCCAACAACAACAAAGAGAAACAUCUUUUCUUCCUUUCUUUCUCUUUUGGUUUCAACAACGACAACAAUAAUUUCACACCAAACCUAAGAAAGACAAUAAUGCAAUACUGGCCACAAAGCCCAUGUCAAACCAAUUCACAACCCGAUGGAAAGCAAAAAAAGAAAAGAAAUAAUAAUAAUAUAUAUCUAUAUCUAUCUAUCUAUCUAUAUAUAUAUAUGAAUUAACAUGUUUAUAUAUAAUUUUGUCGUCUUUUUAAACUGGACCAAAACUUUUGUUACUCAAAUCCAAGUAAAGAGAGAGAGAGAAAAAGAGUAUUUCCUUAUGGACCAAAACCUCUUUUCGCUGUCCGCACAUGGAUCUUCCUGAGGUUGCCUACUUUUAUAUAUUCUAUUUUUUUCAGAAUGAAGCAAACAGACACAUGCUCAAUAAUAAUAAUAAUAAUAAUAUGAAUAAUAAUAAUAAUAAUAAUAAUAAUAAUACUAUUGAAUUGCCUUGUCAAACAUCCUUAAUCAUUUCAAGACAUUUUGACUCCUGCUUUGGUUAACAUCUGAAACUGUAGACUGUUGGGAACCAGAGAGACGGCGCAAGCAGAGAUGCGGAAAGGGAGACUUCGAACAGCCAAGUCGUUUGUGUGAAGGGAGAAAGAUAGGUAGAUAGAUACAGCGUAUGCACACGCUCUCCAUCUCUCUUGGCCCCUUUUCCUCCUUCCCAACUCUCCCCUCUUUUUACCUUUGCUUAAGAUUUUCGGACCUUUAUUUCAGAAGGAAACUUUGGAAUUGAGCUAGAAGAGAGUGCUUGUUUGGAGGGGCGUCCUUGUAUACUUCACUUCCCUUUCCUUUCCUCCCAACACACUGUCCCUUGACUUCUUUGUGUUUCUCCUUGGUGGUCCCUCCGGUCGUCUGUUGGUAGGGCUGGGUCUACUCUGACUCUAAGGAAGGCCAUUUGGUAGAUGUUGUAUUUUGCUCCUUCUCAGAGAGUGAUGAGGACAGGGCCUCUCUUCUCUGCAGCCAAAUUGGAAGCCCAGAGCCCAUCUUUUGGCCUCCUUCCACGGGAUGGACAUCUUGCCAAAUUCCUGCCCCCUUCCCGCACAAGAUCGGGGUCUCAAAGAGUAUACCCAGCACUGCCUUCCGAGUUUGGCGAAAUGCGCAAUGUUUGCCGAAUGUUCUUAUUGUUCCCAAGUUCGGUGAAAUGCGCAAUGUUUGCCGAAUGGGACAAGCGAUCGCCGCCCAAGUUUUAGAAGUUUUAGAAGCGACGGCUUUGUGUACAUAUUGCCCAGAAGCCGAGAGAGAACCCGCAGUGGAGAUGAAAUAUGCUGACCGUCUGCCCGCUCCUGGUUCUGCUCUUUUGGCCAAAAAAGGGGAGACUGUCAAUCAGGCAGAAAAGAGGCGUCCGUUCCAUGCCGUUUGCAACCUUCAUCCUCCAGAAUUGGUUGUUUUAUUCCCUCAAAUUCACAAAACAGUAGGCCUCACCUUUUGCAACCUUCAUCCUCCAGAAUUGGUUGUUUUACUCCAUCAAAUUCACAAAACUCCAAAUUUUGGAGACCUUUUCGUGUCCGCUUGAGCCAAUCUGGCCACCUCCGAUCCUGUUUCGUUGCAAAAAUAUUGAUUCUGUGAGAACGAAUGCUGGAGAAUAAAUAAAAAAAGGGCAGAAGUGGACACCCUUGGCCUCAGUUUCUCAAGCAAAGCGUCUUUGCGGGAGUUUCCUUCCCAACAACUUCAGUGGGAAUGGGGGUGGGAAUGGGAUGGCCAUUGGUCACCUCUUGCACCCCUUCUGUUCUCCCCAGAUCCCCCCUCUUUUUCCUAUAUGCCAGCAAAACAACUUUCUAUGCAUUCCUUUCCAAAAAAAAACAACAAAAUCCCACAAAGACGUUUGUAACACCUCGGCGAUGGCCUCUGCCCUCGAAGGCCAUGGAUUCUGACAGUCUCCCCUUUUUAGAAGAUGUUCUCGUGAAAAAAUGAAAAAGAGAAAAAGGAAGUCUAUAUAUAACAGAAUGCUUGUUUUUUUUUUUAAAGAACUGAAUAGAUCUAUAGUUAUCCCAGUAGAAGAAAACCAGAGGAGGGUGGGGGGAAAAAAAGGAAAGAAGGUCAGGAGAUGGAAUUAACCUUUUUUCUUUCUUUCUCGUUCUUUCUUUCAUCCUUUCGUUUUUCAAAAGAAAUGGUGGAAGCGAGUGGAGGAAACGUGGGGAGAGGCACUGUGGUGGCCUUCUCCCGCAUAUGUAGAUAUUAAAAAUGUGUGCUGGUGGAAGAGGAGGAGGAGGAGGAAGGGGUGCCCAAAAUGGAUUUGGGCCGAGAGCCAUGUCCCGUCCCUCCGGCCGUCUUGAAGGAAGUGGGCCGGACGUGUUUCUUUGAAUUUAGUUGUUUUUGGCGGAGUGACGUCUGUUUGUCGUUGACGUGAGGAAGUUUUCGGUCCAUGUUUUCUUAAUUUUGUGCUAGGCAACGGAGGAGGAGGAGGAGCGAUGGGGAGAGGAAGGAGUGAGUGGGAAAAGUGAGAAAGGAGAGAGCGAGAGAGUUGGAUAUCUUGGGGGGUAUGGCCCCUGGAUAGGCCUCCUCCUUCCCUCAGUUUCCCCCAUGGUCUUCUUAUUACAGUGCGACCCCAGUAUCCACAAGGAAGACAUUCAUUCCAGGACUCCGUCUUGAUACGCGAAAUUCCGGAUCACGCACAAGCCAUUGAGGACUUCCUCCAGCCAUUGAGUUGCACUGGAGGACCUCAGAAAUAGAUAAACGCCAUGGUGAGUCCUGAUCGUGUGGAUACGGGUCUCGUACUGUCAGAUGAACAUGGGAAGAAGUCUUCCCCUUGUAUACAUGCAUGACGAGAAUAUUAGAAUAUUUCCCCCUUUUCUAAAAGUAAUAAUAAUAAUAAUAUGGAUAAAAGUAUAAAACCCAAACCAAUAUCCGCAUUUGCUAAUGGGAGUCGGAAGCGGUGCUGUGAACACGUGUUGUUCCGAGGCGGGAUAACCCUAAGCCGUUAUCCUGCCUCGGAGAGACACGUGUUCACGGGACGGGCGAACACACCUCUUCUGACUUCCAUCUUUUUCCUUUAAGGAAAAAAAAAAAGUAGGAAAGAAAAAAGGGUUUCGUUUUUUAGUUCCAAUAACCUUUUAUCUAUCUAAUCUAUAUAUACAUAUACAUAUAUAUUAAAAGAAAGCCUGAUGUAGCAGCUCUAGUUUAAUAGCAGUAUUUUAACUCCCAUCUUUUAAAAAUAUAUAUAAAUAUAAAUAUAUAUAUAUAUAUUUCCGUCAACUUGCCCCCUCGUUAUUUUUUAAAUGUAGCAAGAAAAGAAAAAGAAAAGAAAAAAAGGUUUUAAAUGGAAAACAGUCCUCCUGUGUUGAAAGGAAUGAAGGGAGGAAGGGAGGAAUAAAGGCAUUGUGGGGCUGGUGUGCCCUCACACCCAUUCCCCCUUACAGGAAGGCAGUGGGAAUAAAUUUGCAUAAUUACCUUUAAAAAAUAUAUGUAUCUAUAUAAAUCUGAAAAAGGAAAAAAUGCCCAAGACCUUAAGCUUUUGCUCCGAUGUCCACCUUCCUCAUCCGGGGGCAGAUUGCAAGUCUCUUUGGGGGAGAAAACGGGGCUCGUGCUUGGCACGGCUCCCCCCAAAGUUCAGAUUAAACUCUGAACGGGUUUGCUCCCUCUGCCCCAAGCUACGCUCGUCAGUCAGAUUCAUCAGCAAUAAAGACGACUAAACAUUAGGACGACCAUGAUUUUUAUUAGUGUUAUUGUUUGAGGAGAAGCAGCCCCUCCCUCCGUUGGGGCCCGGAAAGCCCAGCCUGUGCCAAUCUCUGAACCUGCACUGAAAUCCAUGUCGCCUGGAAGGUCCCACAAACUUGUGGGUUUCAGUCCAAGCUUUUGAGGCAUCCAAGACGGCCAAAAACCGUUCCCAAACACAAUCAGACCCUCUUGGCUGCCAAAGUUCGGACUGGGCCUGACCACCCAAUCGCACUGACCAGCAGGGUCCAACCCUUGAUCUCAGGGCCCCCGUGAGACCCAACCGGCCUUACUCUGACUGACUGCCAUCACCACCAUUGCCUUGUGGCCCAGGGAGGACCCCUGCCCUUUUGCUUUAAAUCAAGCAGGGCUCCUCCACCUGGCUGACCAGAUAGAGAACAAAAUAUGGCCUCUUCUUGUACGAACACAGCACCAAAUCCUGUGCGAUGGCUGCAUAAAUCAGAGUCCGAAGUUAUCCCGAUAAUCGUAGCUGGCUUUGGUGUCUGGAAUUCGGGCCAAAUUCAAGACAACAGAGCUCUCCUGAGAGACUGGCUUGUUACACGUUACUUGUAACUCGGACCCACCAGCGGGCAUAUACAGUAGAGUCUCACUUAACCAAACAUAAACGGGCCGGCAGAAUGUUGGAUAAGCGAAUAUGUUGGAUAAUAAGGAAAAGCCUAUUCAACAUCAAAUUAGGUUAUGAUUAUACAAAUUAAGCACCAGAACAUCAUGUUAGACAACAAAUUUCACAGAAAAAGUACAGUAGAGUCUUACUUAUCCAAGCUAAACGGGCCGGCAGAAGCUUGGAUAAGCGAAUAUCUUGGAUAAUAAGGAAAGAUUAAGGAAAAGCCUAUUACACAUCAAAUUAGGUUAUGAUUUUACAAAUUAAGCACCGAAACAUCAUGUUAUACAACAAAUUUGACAAAAAAGGUAGUUCUAUACGUAAUAAUGUUAUGUUGUAAUUACUGUAUUUACAAAUUUAGCACUAAAAUAUCACGAUGUAUUGAAAACACUGACUACAAAAAUGCGUUGGAUAAUCCAGAACGUUGGAUAAGCGAGUGUUGGAUAAGUGAGACUCUACUGUACUUGUAACUCUGACCCGCCUUGGAGCCCAGCGGAUGUACAGUAGAGUCUCACUUAACCAAAAUAAACGGGCCGGCAGAAUGUUGGAUAAGCGAAUAUGUUGGAUAAUAAGGAGGGAUUAAGGAAAAGCCUAUUAAACAUCAAAUUAGGUUAUGAUUUUACGAAUUAAGCACCAAAACACCAUAUUAUACAACAAAUUUGACAGAAAAAGUAGUUCAAUACGCAGUAAUGCUAUGCAGCAAUUACUGCAUGUACAAAUUUAGCACCAAAAUAUCAUGAUGUAUUGAAAACAUUGACUACAAAAAUGCGUUGGAUAAGCAAAUGUUGGAUAAGUGAGACUCUACUGUACAUUCUAGGGGUGUGCGGAUCUGUUCUGUUUUUGUUUUGAAUUUUGAGUGCUCCCCAUUCCGUUUCUGAUUUUGGGAGGUUAGGAGGGGGGCUGUUUGGAUUCAUAAUUCGGAAACUUGAGUUCCAUUCUGGGAAGAAUCUUCACAAAAACGGAACAGAUUGUGUGCUGUUUCAUAUGCCCCUAAACAUUCCGCCCCAAGGGUCUCUCACCUGGCCAGGAUCCCACUUUGUUCAGCCUGCGACCACUCUCGAUGUGCUAUUUGCACCUCCAAAAACCCAGCCAUUGGACAGCAAGGUUUAUAGGGGUGCUGCUAAUAGAAGUGGAAGGCUUUCUGAGGCCAUUGUGUGAAAUAGGUGAACCUGGUGAAAUGCAGCAUCGAGGGAUGAGAUCACACACAUAUUAUAGAACGAAGGCUUUUGUCUCGCAAUGGCCAGAAUUCUGGGAAAUGAUGUUGAGAUGAGAUGAGGUGAAACCUGCUACUGUCCGCUGGUUGGACUUGAAAGUUACGGCCUGAAUGGAGUAGAGCCAUGUUGGAUGGUGAGCCCAUGUGUAGAGAGAUCCCGUUUGUCCAAUCAGACGGAUGGAGAGAUUCAGACGGUAGUGUCCAGUCGGGAUGGGUAUUGUGCCGUCUUUUGAGGGUCGGGUUUGGUCCCUUUCGGAGCUCUAUGGACGUGAAUUCCCCAUCCCACUGUCUAUGUUGUGCUCCUCUCCAUGUAGAAAACAUUGCACCCAGCUGGGAAAAUGACAACACAAGGCAGGGAAUGUAAUAGCGAGUAGGUUGCCCGGAAGGGAUUAGACACAGAGGCAGAAUGGACAUGCGUUGACGCCGAUCCUACUCUGACUUUGCAUUGGGACCUUGAGCGUUUUUAAGGUGGAUUUCCAUCAGUCAAUGGUCAGAACUUCCAGUAACCCACCAGCUCACCAUCUAAGAACAAACGAGCAUAAUUUCUUGUGUCUGGAGGCAGAGUCUUGUAGAUGUUUUCCUUGAUAAAUUCUUGCAUUAAAAGUAAUGUUAAUGAGUAAAGGAAGCCAGGCAGAUAGUUUGACCAAGCUCUUCGGUGGUUUAAAUACAGUAGAGUCUCACUUAUCCAACAUAAACGGGCCGGCAGAAUGUUGGAUAAGUGAAUAUGUUGGAUAAUAAGGAGGCAUUAAGGAAAAGCCUAUUAAACAUCAAAUUAGGUUAUGAUUUUACAAAUGAAGCACCAAAACAUCAUGUUAGACAACAAAUUUGGCAGAAAAAGUAGUUCAGUACGCAGUAAUGCUAUGUAGUAAUUACUGUAUUUAUGAAUUUAGCAUCAAAAUAUUACGAUAUAUUGGAAUCAUUGACUACAAAAAUGCGUUGGAUAAUCCAGAACGUUGGAUAAGCGAGACUCUACUGUUUGUGCGUUUCCCUUUCAUUCGUGGAUCAAUUAAUUGAUUGACAAAGGGUGGCGGCCGCAAAUGUUUGGCCACUCAUUUGGGAGGGGUUUCCAUCUCUUGCCGGUUUUUCUUUGCUUGGGAUCUUAGACGGGAGAGCUGGCUUUCUAUGAGAAUAUCUGCAUUAGUUGAAGCAUUGCUAUGGCAAAAAGAAAGGAAUGGAUAUUUGGGGAGGGAGGGAGGGGGCCCGGUUUGCAUAAAGUGAAAGGAAAGUUAUUGAUAAAAGUGAUGUAAAAGUAGUAGUAUUGUAAUAGUUUUUUUAAAAUGGAGAAAUGAGUUUGGAAUUAUAUACAAAUGAGGCUCAAUCGAUCAAAAUGGCAAUCCAAUCCAGACUCUGGGGGCAGACACUUUGUGUAGCUGGUGGGAUAGCGGUCUGGUAUUUUUCCUUUCUUUCUCUUCUCUUUCUUUCUUUCCUUCCUUUCUUUUCUUUCUCUCUUUGUCUUGUAAAAAAGAAUCCCCAGCAAUGCAAAGGCUACGACUGUUACGCCCCUCGGAUCCAAACGACAGCAACACACAUUGCAAACCUUUUUAUUCCUUUCAGAAUAUUAUUUUUUAUUUUAAUUUUUUUUUGCCUUGAUGAUGCGCAUUUUGAUGCCUAGUUGUUUGGGUUUGUUUUUUUUUAAAAAAAAAGAAAAGAAAAAAGGCAAAAGGGGGAAAUGAGGAAAAAAUUAGAACCUUUCUUUAUAAUUUAAUAUUCUAUUUUAAUAAAUGCAUUUAUUACAUGUAAAUGUAUUAAGGAACUGGGCUAAAUAAAAAAAAUACUUUUUAUUAGGUAAUUUAUUAUUAUAAGGAAAAAAGGAUAUUUUAUUUUAUGAUAAAGUGAUCCUUACAAAGAUUAGAAUGUUUAGAAUAUAUGUAGGUUAAAAAAUACAUUUGUAUCCAGAGUAUGGCUUAAAAAGUGUUUUUAAUAUAUGUUCCACUUUCUUUCCUUCCUCUUGUGUGUGCGUGUAUGGUGUGUAUCAGUGGAUAGUGGUGGUGGUGGUGAGAAUAGCCCUUCCAAGAAAGAAAACGCUGCUGCAAGGUUGUAUUUGACACACACACAAAAAAAUAAGACUUUUAGAAUUGGCAAAACGUCACUCUUUUUUAAUAAGUUAAAACAUUAAGGAUUUGGCUGUGAUUUCGAACUAGUCCCAACCCGAAGAGGCUGGGGUUAUUAUUUGAUUCGACACGAGACUUCUAAUGCGUACCGAGCAGAGGGCUCGGUGGCGUUGCAAAUUUUGGGUGGAAUCAGGCCGGUUCCGGUUCCGGUUCUUCUCGAUAGAGAUUGUGAAAGAGCCUUGAAAGCCGGGCCCAACAGCUGGGUUUGUCCUAAGUGGGAGCAAAUCUUCCUAAUACCAUCUUCCUCGGCCAGCAUUAAGCCUGAGGAUCCCUGGUCUGAUGUUGUAGUCUCCAAAGGGCACUUUGUUUGGAUGGAGCAAUAGGAUAUCUGGAUGCGUUGAGCCUUCCCGUUGGGCUUCUGCAUGGAGACUGGAGGCAGGAGGAAAUCCCAAAGUUGUGGAGCACCAUACGGCCAAGACAGGAGAGCAGACCCCUCAUCUGUCCCAGGGUUAGAAUAACCUUAAAGCCCAUUACGAAACCCCUCAAAGGCUCAUUGCAAGUCUUAGAGAUCCCUAGAGAACCUUCUCUAGGAACGUCUAGCUCCUCCGAGAUGAUCCUUGGGUUAAGUGAAUGCCAUCAAAUCUUUCAUUAAACCUAAAAGGAGUUUUAUGGGUGCCGGAAGAGCUUCUGCACCUUCAAGUUCACCUUCUCAACUUGUGGCCUUCCAACGCCCAGGAUUCCAUACCAUUGGCAAUAGAGUCUUCUGGGAAUUGGAGGGCUGUGGGUUGAUGUUCCACCUGAACAUCAGGAAGAACUUCCUCACUGUGAGAAGGGCUGUUCGGCAGUGGAUCUCUCUCCCCCGGACUGUGGUGGAGGCUUUGAAGCAGAGGCUGGAUGGCCAUCUGUCAGGGGUGCUUUAAAUGAGAUUUUCCUGCUUCUUGGGUUGGACUGGAUGGCCCCCGAGGUCUCUUCCAACUCUACGAUUCUAUGAGGAGAAAACUUGAAGGUGCAGAAACUCUUCUGGCGCCUGGAUAGCUCCUUUAAGCAUUGAUGAAGGAUUUGAUGACUUAACGAUAGAGUCAUCUCAGAGGAGCUAGAUGUUUCCAGAGAAAAUUCUCUAGCGUUGUUGUCAGGUACCUCACAACCUCUGAGGAUGCCUGCCAUAGAUGUGAGUGAAACGUCAGGAGAGAAUACUUCUAGAACAUGGCCAGACAGCCCGGAAAACAUACAACAACCCUGUGAUCCCGGCCAUGAAAGCCAGGCCUGUAGCGAGGGGGGGGGGGGGGGUUAGGGGUUGAAACCCCCCCCCCCCCCGAAAUUUUUCAAGUUAUAAAAAAAUCUCGUUUACUCAUGAAUUUUAACUGGUUAACCAAAUCCCCAUGCUAAGUCUAUGAGAUGCAAAACAUUAACAAGAGUCCCUCCAGGCACUAUCUCAAGCAGAUAUUGACAGGUUUGUAGCGGGGAGGGGUGUGUGCUAGGGGUUCAACCCCCCCCCCCCCCGAAAUUUUCAAAACCCCUCCCGAAAUUUUUGGGAUGAAAGCCUUCGACAACACAAAUUCUCUAGCCAUCUCUAAGACUUACAAUGAUAAGAUCUUGUAAACCCAUUCCUUCUGGCAUUUGAGGAGAAAAGUUCCCAAAACUGUAAGCCUCUAUUGUACCUUUGAUGGGUUUGUAACGGGCCGAAUGUUGUGGCUCUCGUCUCCGUUUUGGCUUCCCGGGGGGCCGUUCUGAUCCCAUUCCCUCCAGACCCCCAGUUUCUAGGGAUACCACGUUUAUCAACGAGGCUGAAAAGAGCUUGAGGUACCCAGAGCCCACCUUCCUUGCAGGGCACAUCUCCACCCCUUCGGCCUUUUGCUCAAAAGAAUCGUCCCGUAGUUUUUAAACCAAAUCACGAGAGAGAGAGAGAAAGGAAGAGAAUAGAAAAUAAUCACUAAGUAUAUUAAAAAAAGAAGGAAAUCUUUCUAAAAGUAUAACGCUUUCUAAUGUAUUUCUUAUAAUCGUAUAGAGAAAGAAUGAAUAAAAGAUGAAUAGUAGAUGCUAUCCGUAUUAAAAAAAGAUAAGGAAAACUGAUAAUCCCGGACUGAGCAGAAUGUAGAGAUCCGCUUCUCCCGAGGGGGGGGGGGGGGGGCGGGGGGUUCCACUUUCUGUGGCUUGUUUGUUGAAAUCCCUGCCAAGACAUUCCUUUGCUGAGAUUUGAACCACGGUUUCGUCACUUUUCUGUCGGUCAAAGUGGUUAAUGUUAUUUUUUUAUAAAAGGGGGAAAAGCGCGGGGGUUCUAAUAGGAGUCUAUUUUUUAAGAAAAAAAGAAUUACGGUUUUGUUUCGUUUUGUUUACGUUGAUCUUCUAAAGGAUGUUUGUCAAACACCUGAGAAAAGGGAAAGAGGAGGCUAGAAGUUAGUCUGCUCCUUCCCGACUUCCUGCAGUAAGAACGGUUUUCGUUUCGUUUUAUAUUUUAAAGAGAAAUGGGGAAAUUGGGAGAGAACGGCAUAAUUUUCAUGGCAGUCGUUUUGUUUUUCCUUUGAAAGCAAGUUAAUGUUUUCCUUCAGAGACACAAAAAGGAAAAGAAGGAAGGAAAGGCAUUUUCCAAAAAAGUUCAGGAAGGUUUUGGCACCAAACUUGAUGAAACCAUCUACUUAUACAGAAAAAAAUAACCGAAUAUCCACAAUAAACUAUAUUUGAUCCCCAAAAGCUUGGGGUCAGUAGUUCAUGCCGAUGAAAACGUGCGGCUGGUAGAAUUCAUCCAUUUUAUCCAUGGACCACAACAAGAUGCCCACUUACAGAUUUCAAGAGGACCAUCUGGAAUAAAGAAAACAGUCUUGUCCAAAGUUACUCCAUCAUUUCUUCCUCCAAUUCAUCUGUAGCAUCUGUUCAACAGAUAGACAGGAGAUGGAAGCGUAACCCCGACAUCUCCAUUACCUAGAUCCCUUUCAUUCAACUUCAGCUGAAAACAUAACUGCUCCAUAUCAUAUUUGUCUUGCAAAACUACAAUUGAACACUCGUUGUGGGCCAUUUCUGUGUUUCGUUUUGUGCAGAUCCAGGAUCCUUGGAAGGAGCCAAUAAGGAGGACAUCUGGGAGAAGGUGGAUUUCGGGCAUUAUUUCGGGGAGUAUCCAUGGCCACAUAUCCGAAGGCCUCUCUGCAAAAGAAGAAUCAAAUUGCCACCCGUGGCCCCUUUCCCACCAUUCUCUUGGCUCUUUUCCUUGGUGUCUUACUACACUCUAAACUCUUGGGAUAUCUGUGGCAUCAUCGUGAUGGUUGUAAAUGAUGACAUAGUGUACAGUGACUGCUGUCAGUCAUUGAGCGACGCCUCUGAGGCCUUGCAGUCAGCUUCUUUGGGGCACUUCCUUUGCCAGGCCUUGUAAAGAGAAAACCCCAAACUUGGUGCAACUGUCGGACCCCUAGACAACCCUUCAGUUGGUGAUCUUCACUUUGCAAGAGUUGCUUUGCCCCACAUUCUGAAGGAAAUGGGAAAAAUGCUGCUGCAAGACGGGACCACUCAAAUCCGAUUUCCCUUGUGUUUGGUACCAACGUGGACUUGAUCUCGUCCCUCUUUGACAGACGUCCAGAUCCACUGCGUCCGGCCAGUAUGGAUGGAGAGUACCUCGCAACCUCUUUCGAAAAUGUGAUGAGCUCCGUCCCAGACUUCUUGAUGUCUUACAGUCAUAGGAACUGUUUUGUUUUUCUUUCCAGCCAGAAUCCCAUUUGGGUCUGAAACGAAGUGGCGAAUCGCUUCGGGCUUCAAGAAGACCCCAGGCGGCCGCUUCACUGUUUUUAGGACCAGAGGUUCCUUUCAAUGUUCCUUUCCUCGUUUUAUUUUACCUCAUUGUUCCUUUUUCUUUGAGAUACUUGAACGGCUUGACAGCGAGACCCUGGACUGAACCUCAGUUUGCACUUUACGGAAGGCUUCUAUCUAUAUCAGAGCUUGGGGCCACCUCCCAGAGCCACCCCUUAUCUUGACCUUAUCUCUUUGCGUCCUGAAACCUCCCACCUCUGAAAUGUAAAAAGGUUUGACCACAGAAAUGUAGAAUCGAAGAAGAGUAGGAAGACGAAGGAUGGGUUCCCCAGAUUCUAAGGACUUCAUCACAUGGACUAUCGGUCGAAAAGCCUCUGCCGCCGCUUCUCCAGCUCUCCGUUGCUCUCUUUUUUCAGCGGCUCUUUAUCACUUUGCGGCAACGGAAUGGGACCGGGAAGGAUACGUCCCAUCCCAUGUGUUUUUAGCUUUAAAGAGCGGAUCAAAUCGCACAAGACCAUUACUCAACCCAUGGUGGGAACUCCCUCCGCCGGGCUCAUUUCAAAGAUGGCCUGGACGUAAUUCAACAUCACGUGAUGGGUUCCGUGCCCCUCCAUGAUUGAAAUCGGCCUGAAAUGUCCUUGGACGGGGAAAUAAAUCAGUGUGAUGAAGUCCUGGAUCAAGUUGGCCAUUUUUCGUAUCAUCCUAUUAACGUCUCAUCCUUGCUUUACGCACCAUUUUGAUAACACCGGACAUAGGUCUUGUCCAUUUCUGUUCCCGUAUGAGUCACGAUGAAUGUUCAACCUGUUGCCACCAAGCUCUGAUAUAUGUAGAGAGACUCUUUAAGUUUACAGCAGCUCAGACAGACCGAACGGCUGCCUCUCCGCCCCGUAGCUCUGCUUCAUUUCUCUUUCCGGCAGGAGUGAUGACAAGGGCUUAAACCCCCUUAAGCCCACUUCUGGACCAAUGUUCUCCAGAUCCCACAAUGGUCCCAAUGUACAGAGUCGGCCUUUUCGUAAUACCUGGCUUAGGCAGCGAGGAGCCUGUUUGGCCUUUUCUCUUCGGCUUCCAGUAAAAUCAGGAGUUGCCUUUUCGGUCCGUCAGAAAUACUUGAGCUUUGAUAUUUUGUAAGUAUUUAAUUUUGUACAAAUAUGACUGUCGGAACUCAAAACAACCGCAACCGGGACCUACUUUUGCUCGUGUUUACAUUACAAUACAAGGAAACCUCAUGGGCAGGAAUGGCGCCUGCUUUUAGUACGUAAAAGGAGAAGCAAGGAAUCGAUCUGGAUCCCGGGUGCCGCUUUUCUGGGAUACAGAGGCGAAUCCUGCUCUGCUUUUUGGCGCAAGCAAGGGCGAUCUGGAUUUAGAGGGAGCCAAGGAAGCCGGAGGGCGUCUGGAAUCCCUUCUGGGAUUAAGGUAUUUGCGGGAAUGAAAUCUGGAACGGCCUGGUGCUGAAAACUGAGAUUGAAGAGAAACCGCUGUUCCCUUUUGCAUGAGUUUGGUCUGCAAACAGAAUAUCAUACAAUGAGUUUAUCUUGGUUGUGUUUAGGAGUGGAAAUGCGCCGCUUUCAGGUUCAGAACCAUAUCCAGGAAUCCUUGAGGUGAGAAUCGGUUCCUGUGUCUGAACGGAGGAAGGCUCCAAUCUGUUCAAAGGUCUUCCAUGAGCUCAACUCGGAUGAAGGAACACAACAAUGGAGACACCAAGGCCAUCCAUUGGUAGAGGAGCAUUGUAGAGGAGGGCUUUGUCUGCUGGUUGGGCAGAAUUGCACUGCUUUUUGUGAAAUAAUAAUAACAAUGUCUGGUGCUAAAACAGCCUUUUCUGCGUAAUGGUCCAUUCACUAACUUGGACUUGUUUACUUGUUCUGCUUUGUUUCGGUCUGUGGCUCCGCCUCUCCCUCCGUCCGGGCGCUGUCGCAUCUCAUUUUUCUUUUACAGGACACUACAAAUCCCAGAAUCCCUCGGCGGGGUUGGCCUCAGACAUGGAUGGGCAUUAGGGUUUGCCAGGGGGAUAUUUCUGGUUGGCCCAUCAUUCUGUACAACCUUUUCUCCUUGGACCAUCGCUGUCCAAUCUCCCUUUGGGUCACUGGGAUUUGCUGGUCGAUCUCAAACCUUGUUGGUUUUGCUUUUAUGACAUCAUAUUUGAGGCUGCAAAGUGUGGAUGGGCAACUGAGGCAAGUCCAAGGGCAGCUUUUAUAGCUCACAUCAAUUUGAAACAAAGCAAAAAACAAAAGCCUCAACAGGGCCAGAGGUUAUAUUUAUGGUGCGCAUGGGAAUCUUUUGGUAAUGAAACCAUUCGUCAUUGUUUUGGCCACGAAAAGGCCAAGGAUGCCAACAAGGUCUUGCCCUUUGCCCAUCCACGACUUCAAGUCCACAAGGGCUGUGAAAAUCUUAAAUAACCCCUCUUUUAAAUAUGGUGCUGAAAUCUUUGUUCUGUUUUUCAAUAUGAUUUUCUAUUGUGUACACCGUUUGCCAAGGGUUUUCGAAGCUCCGUCCAUCCCUUUGCCUCGUUUUUGGGGCUUUUUUUGUCAUAGGAAACCGGUAUCCAAUGCUUAGAAAGCCGUAUUCUCUCUCUCUCUAUCUCGCUUGACAAGAUAGAAUAAUAAACAAAAACCCAGGGAAAUGGAAGGAGAGAGAAGCCCGGAAAUGGUAACCCAAACAGAAAGUAAAAGGAGGAGAAGAAAAAAAGACGGAGAAGGAAAAGACAACUAGUUAGACUCAGUGUCUGAGUUCGGAGGCAUAUAGUUAAAAAAAAAGAAGAUUUUUUAAAAGUUAAAGUUAAAAGAGAGAAUUAAUGAUGUUGCACAACUUGUAGGAAAACAAAGAAGGGAAAGGGUUAUUGUAUUAAAUGUGCUAAAUUACAUUAAGAACUUAAUUUUAUUAAAGUAUUAUUAUUACUUAAGAAA